GCGCGGUCCUUGGGCUUUUGGUGGACUGACCGGUAGUCGGACAAGUACGUAUUGAGCGGCAGCCGAGUGCCUCCGGGGUGCCUGAGGCCACCUCGGGGGGUGGGUGGGGGCGUGUGCUGGGCUGCGGGAGCCCUCGGAGCAUUCUGCACCCGCCGCGCCGACCGGGCACCAGUCUUUAGGCUCACCAUGGAUGAAGCUGCGCCAGGCCCUGCACCUGAAGGUGCAGACAGCCGUGUGACAGUGAAGGAGGAGGACUCCCCCUGGGAGCAGGUGUGCAGCUCUUGGGAAAGCAGCUGCCACGCCCAGGAGCUGUGCCGCCUGCGCUUCCGGCAGUUCUCCUACCGGGAUGUGACUGGGCCCCGCCAGGCUCUGGCCCAACUCCACGAACUCUGCUGCCAGUGGCUGCGGCCCGAGACGCACAGCAAGGAGCAGAUCCUGGAGCUGCUGGUGCUGGAGCAGUUCCUGACCGUCCUGCCCGCCGAGCUCCAGGCCUGGGUGCGGGAGCACCAUCCGGAGAGCGGGGACGAGGUGGUGACGGCGCUGGAGGGUCUGGAGAAAGACACAGGACAGCAGGCUUCUGUCUAUACUCGGGGACAGGACAUGCACUCGCUGGUGACAGAGUAUCAGGGAGCCUCUUCAGAAUGUCCGAACCUCCAGCUCCUGCCCAGGGUAACUGCCUUGAAGUGUGAACCUCCAGAGCUCUGCCAAGAGAACCCCGGAGAAGUGAGUGCUGAAGAAGCUGUAAGUAAAGAUGGAUUGUUUAACGCAAAGCAAGAAACUUUCGAAGAAAUACAGCAAGGUGCUGAGGCCUCAGGAGCACCCAACAGAGAUUGUAUUCCCCAGCCACCUGGUACCUCAAUCUGUACCGACAGGACAGUUGUACAUAUGAACACCCUGAAGGACCGUCACCCAGGUGACUUGUGGGCCCGAAUGCACAUCUCCUCCUUGGAAUACGCUGCAGGAGACAUUACCCGAAAAGGGAGAAAAAAGGACAAAGCUCGAGUGAGUGAACUGCUCCAAGGCCUUGCAUUUUCUGGUGACUCAGAUGUAGAAGAAGAGAACAAGCCUGAGGCCCACCCUGCUCCAAAAAGGCUAAAGAUAUCAAACGUCCCAGAGAAGAAUUGGACCAAAAGAGAUCUUAAACCCAACUUUCCAAGCUGGUCAGCACUGGAUUCUGGACUUUUGAAUCUCAAAAGUGAAAAGUUGAACCCAGUAGAACUCUUUGAAUUAUUUUUUGAUGACGAAACAUUCAGCUUGAUUGUCAAUGAAACCAAUAACUAUGCAUCUCAGAAAAAUGUCAACUUGGAAGUCACAGUUCAGGAAAUAAGGUGUCUGUUUGGGAUCUUGCUUUUGAGUGGAUUUGUGAGGCGUCCCAGAAGGGGACUGUAUUGGGAAAUCUCUGAUACCGAUCAGAACCUAGUCAAGGAUGCAAUUAGAAGGGACAGAUUUGAAUUGAUUUUCUCAUACCUACAUUUUGCAGAUAACAACCACCUAGAUCCAAAAGAUAAGUUUACAAAGUUGAGGCCUCUCAUAAAGCAAAUGAAUAGAAAUUUCCUCCUCUAUGCUCCCCUUGAAGAACACUAUUAUUUUGAUAAGACAAUGUGUGAAUGCUUUGAUAGUGACCAAUUCCUGAAUGGGAAACCUAUUAGAAUUGGCUAUAAAAUUUGGUGUGGCACAACCACACAGGGGUAUCUGGUUUGGUUUGAGCCCCAUCAAGAAGAAUCAUCUGUGAUGGUGGAUAAGGAUCUUAACCUUGGUUUAGGUGGAAAUCUAGUGAUGCAUUUUGCUGAUGUCCUUUUAGAGAGAGGCCAAUAUCCCUAUCACCUGUGUUUUGAUAGCUUCUUUACAAGUGUCAAAUUGGUGUCAGCCCUGAAGAAGAAAGGAGUGAGGGCAACAGGAACAAUUCGUGAGAACAGGACUGAAAAAUGUCCCCUUAUGAACGUAGAACAUAUGAAAAAAAUGAAGAAGGGGUAUUUCGAUUUCCAAGUCGAAGAAAACGAGGAGAUAAUUUUGUGUCGUUGGAAUGGAGAUGGCAUCAUCAGUCUGUGCUCCAAUGCCGUAGGCAUAGAACCGGCCCGUGAGCUAAGUUGUUGUGCCGAUGAUGAGGAGAUCCAUCAGAUAGCUCAACCGUCUAUAGUGAAAUUGUAUGAUGAAUGCAAGGAAGGUGUAGCUAAAAUGGAUGAAAUCAUUUCCAAAUACAGGGUGAGAAUAAGAAGCAAAAAAUGGUACUCAAUUUUAGUGAGCUACAUAAUUGACGUAGCCAUGAACAAUGCAUGGCAGCUACACAGAGCCUGUAACCCAGAUACCUCUCUAGACCUCUUGGAUUUUCGGAGAUAUGUUGCACAUUUCUACUUGGAGAACAAUGCUAAUCUAUCAGAUUAAGGCAGAUAAAAUGAGCAUAAUGCUAGUAUUAACAAGAUAAAAUCACAGGUAUAUAUCACAUUGUACCCUUCCAAAGCAAACCUGAUGUAAAGUUUCAAAGAAGUAAUUUAAAAAAUUGUAUUGACUGAGUGCUACACCUUUUUCUAUGACUAAUUUUGGUGUGAAACAUGUGGGAAAUAACUUGGAUUAAUUUGUGCACUGAAAGAAGGAAAUUGUGUCUCU